CCCGAUGAGCGCUUCUUUGCAGCCACAUCAUUCUCCAGCACGACAGCGCAACUAUGGAAUAUCGAAACCAAUCAACCACCCAUCGGAACACCUCACCAUCAAGAAGGGGUGAUGACUGCGACAUUUUCUCCAGAUGGAAAGUUCCUCAUCACUGGUUGUAUGGACCGUCACAUAUAUAUGUGGGAUGUUUCUGCUAUCCUUGAAGAAGCUGGCCUUCCCUGCCCAGCUCCAAAGAUGAAAGGUGCUCCUCGAAUACCUCCAGGGUUUUUUGACGAUGCACUGCGAGAGGCUAAUUUGCGCAUUCGUCUAUCCCAAUCCCAUGGGCCACAUGAUCACCCCAUUCCUGUGCCACGCCAACGCACCCUCAGUCGCUUUCACUCAUUCUGGCGUCGCUCAAAGUCACACGGCCAAACUGGGCACCAUACUCGACCUUGGUCCCACCCUCUCAGCUGGACUCGGAACCUGGUAUCCGGUAUACUACGUAGACGAGAUGGAUCAGACACCGAGCUGCGAGAGGUCGAGGUCCCUUACACAGCGGGAACUCAGGGAAAUUAUCACGCUAGAAAGAAGCCAACUGCCAGCUCGUCUCGACCUCCCAAAAUACAUGCCACGCAAUCAUCACAGCUACCUCCAGAUACCACUGCGUCGACGCAUUCCGCUGUCACUACCGCUGAGGCAUCAGGAACGCCCUCGCGUCCCCAUAUCACCUGCACUGGAUGGCGCGCUCGUUUCGUGGACUGGCUUUGCUGUAUGCCUGUUCAGAACGCAGACGGUCACCAUUAGUGAAGCGACAUUUUUUUGAUUCGUAUUUUGCUGUUUCAUCUAUAGCUAAUUCUUCGUAACCAUUGACUCUUCUGGCGUCAUCGCAUAGUACGGGCCUCGAAAUCGAUCAACCCAUCGAAUUAACAACUCUAUUUUGAAUAUGACAUGAUCUCUGCUAUUUUUUCAGCAGAUGGCAAGUUCCUUGUCACUAACUGGCUCUACGACCACAUUUACAUAUAGGAUAUUUCCGCUAUCCUCAACAAAGUUAGCCUUCUAUCAAAUAUUGUAAACUUAUAUACGUUUCAAUCCAAAUGACGCUGACAACGGCUCUCUCAGGUUGAUGCUACACCGCGACAAGCUCCAAAGUUGAAAGGUACUCCUCCAUGGGCUACAUAACCGCCCCGCUUCAGCACCACAUCAACGUACCCCC